AUGUUACAAAAUAAUGAAUGUAAUAAUUUAUAUUUUUUAGCAUUAAGUAGAAAUAAAGCAACAAUAUAUGAAUAUGAUGUGAAUUUAAGUAAAAAUAUUAUAGAUGAAAUAAAUGAAGAAAUUAAGAAAAAUGAAGAACAAAAUAAAUUAAGUAAUGAUAAUGAUACACUAGAAGAGAAUAAAGAUAACAAUAAAAUAAGUUUUUUAAAUGAACCUCGUUCAAACAUAUUAAAAAAGUCUACAAGUAAAUUUAAUAAUGAUUUUUUAUUAAAUAGAGGAAUUCGUGUAUAUAAAGAAUAUAAUGAUGUAGAAUUAGCUACAUGUACUAAUGAUUACAAAAAUAUAAUACUUGUUAGAAAAUCUAGUUUAAAUGUUGCUGAAAUAAUAGAAAUAAAAAAUGAUAAAAAUAUUACUUAUAUAAAAACAAAAACACAAAUUAAAAGGAUAAUGACCAGUCCUAGAGAUAAUUACAUAGUACUACAUUGUCUAUACAAACCAGAUAUAGUAAAUACAAAUUUAUAUGUGUAUAAAAUUGGUAAUAAAUCUAAUAAAAAAAAAAAAAAUAAAGAAAAAAAAAAUAUUGAAGAGAAUAAUAACGAAAUUGAAGAAUAUAGUGAGAAAGGAAAUAAUAUUAACGAGAAUGAUAUUGAAAAUAAAAAUAAUAACAAUAAUACGAAUGAUAAUAUAAUUUACAAUGAAUCAUUGGUAAUUGAAUUAACUUUAAAAAGUUACAGUAAUCACAAUUGGCCUUUUUUUAAAUGGAGUGAUAGUGAAUCUAUAUGUACUUGUUUAAUUAAUAAUCAAAUAAAUAUUUACAAAGGUAAUAAUUUACAAACACCAUUUAGUAAAUUAAAACUAGAUAAUAUCGAAUUUUUUGAACUUUCACCAGAAUUCAAUAAUAAAAAAGAUAUUUUAUUAGCUACAUAUGAAAAGGGAAGUAAAGGAAAUCCUUCUAUUUUUAAAAUAUUUAAUUUAGACAACUUGAAUAAGCACAUUUAUUCUAAAAGUUUUUUCAACUCUGAUGAAAUAAAAAUAAAAUGGAAUAAAAAUGGGACAGCAUUGUUAUUACAAAUUCAUACCCAAGUUGAUAAAGAAAAACAUUCUUAUUAUGGUUCUAGUAGUUUAUAUUUUAUUGACACUGUCACCUUAAAAGAAGUUAAUAUAAUGACUAAUAAAGGAUUAAUAUAUGAUACCAUAUGGUCUAAUAAUCAGAAUAAAUUUUAUGUUUGUAAAGGAGAAAUACCAGCAGAAAUUGUUUUGCAUGAUAAAAAUGGAAAUGUUUCUCAUUCAUUUGGUAGGCAUAAAUACAACACACUAAAAUUAAAUUGCAAUGAAAAAUUGCUACUAACUGGUGGCUUUGGUAACUUAAGUGGUGAUAUAUCUAUAUGGAAUACUGUUAGUAAAAAAGAAAUAACAAAAACAAAAUCUUCUUGUGCUGUUAUAUGUGAAUUUUUUAAUGAUGGAAAGCAUUUUUUAACAGCAACUACAAAUCCAAGAUUAAGGGUUGAUAACAAUUUAAAAAUAUAUAAAUAUAAUGGUAUAAUUGUUAGUAGAAUUAAUUUUGAAGAAUUAUAUAAUGUAAUAAUUUUACCAUUUAAUAAGAUUAAAUUUAAUGAAAAGGAAUCUAUUGAUUUUAAUUUAGACAAUUCAGAUAUGCAAAUAUAUAUUAAUAAACAGUUAGGCAUUGAUGAAAGGAAAACAGGCAUUUAUAGAGCACCCAGAUCAAGUGGAUUAUUAAAUAUGAACGGUAAUUUAACUUCAAAAGAUAAUAAAGUUAAGUCAUCUUUACCACCAGGUAGCAAUUUUGUUAAUGAAAAUAAAAGUUAUAAAAAGAAAAAAAAAAAAAAAAGUUCAAAAAAUAAACAAAAAAGAGAAACAUUUUAA